CGCCAGCCCCGCCGCAGCGGCAGUGCCUUCCCCUCGCAGGCGGCGGACACGGUGGGGAGGUGUGGGAGGGUCCAGCCUUCCACACACCCCCCCAGCUUUAUCUCCUCUUCCCCCAUCGCUGGGUGGACGCAACCGGAGGGGAGAAAGGGCGGCCCGGAGGCGCGGAGCCCCGAGGGAGGAGGAGGCAGGGGAGCAUCUCCGAGCCGCCGCUCCCUGCCCGGUAGACGUGGAGAGGGGAGGAAAACUGCCGGCUGCGCUCCCAGCCCCGAGCUCCAAGGGGUGAGGGUUAAAAACUAGAAAAGGACCUGAGCAGGGACCUCCCAGCCUGAGAGCGGGCGUUGGGGGGAGCGACAUCCCGGGGAUAGUCCCCCUUCUCCGCUUCCCGGAGCUGCUGCCCGCCGCAGCCCCAGGAUGUGGGUGCCGCUGCUGCUGCUGCUGCCCGAGCUGCUCCCCGCCGUGCCGGCCCAGAAGCUCUCCGCACUCACGUUUUUGAGGGUGGAUCAAGACAAAGACAGAGAAUGCAGCCUGGACUGUGCUGGUUCUCCUCAGAAAUCACUUUGUGCAUCUGAUGGAAGAACUUUCUUGUCCCGGUGUGAAUUUCAACGAGCAAAAUGCAAAGAUCCUCAGCUGGAAAUUGCCUAUCGGGGCAACUGCAAAGAUGUUUCCAGAUGUGUGGCUGAGAGGAAGUACACCCAAGAACAAGCUCGAAAAGAAUUUCAACAAGUGUUUAUUCCAGAAUGCAAUGAUGAUGGCACAUAUAGUCAGGUUCAGUGCCACAGUUACACUGGAUACUGCUGGUGUGUCACUCCCAAUGGUCGUCCAAUCAGCGGUACUGCUGUGGCCCACAAAACUCCUCGUUGCCCAGGCUCAGUGAGUGAGAAACUGCCACAAAGAGAAGGUGCAGGAAAAGCAGUCUCCUUGCAAAUCUUUUCCAUUCUGAAUUCAGAUGAUGCCUCAGCUCCUGCGCUGGAAACUCAGCCUCAAGGUGAUGAAGAAGAUAUAGCUUCUCGUUAUCCUACAUUAUGGACUGAGCAAGUAAAGAGCAGACAAAACAAAACCAAUAAAAGCUCAGCAUCAUCGUGUGAUCAAGAACUGCAGUCAGCCCUGGAAGAAGCUAAACAACCCCAGAAAGAUAAUGUGUUCAUUCCAGAAUGUGCUCAGGGUGGUCUUUACAAACCAGUGCAGUGCCAUCCUUCCACGGGCUACUGCUGGUGUGUUCUCGUUGAUACAGGGCGUCCUAUCCCGGGUACAUCAACAAGGUAUGAACAACCUAAAUGUGAUAACAGUGCCAGAGCUCACCAAACCAAAACAAAGGAUUUGUACAAAGGACGACAGCUUCAAGGUUGUCCUGGGGCCAAGAAGAAUGAGUUCCUGACAAGUGUUUUGGAUGCACUGUCCACAGAUAUGGUGCAUGCAGUCUCUGAUCCAUCAUUGUCUUCCAGCCGGGUUUCAGAACCUGAUCCAAAUCACACCCUGGAAGAGAGAGUAGUCCACUGGUACUUCAAACAACUAGAUAAAAAUUCCAGUGGUGACAUUGGAAAGAAAGAAAUCAAGCCAUUUAAAAGGUUCCUAAGAAAGAAAUCAAAGCCCAAAAAAUGUGUGAAGAAAUUUGUGGAAUACUGUGAUGUGAACAAUGAUAAAUCCUUGUCAGUUCAAGAAUUAAUGGGAUGUCUGGGAGUAACAAAAGAAGAAGGUAAAGCAGAAACAAAGAAACGCCAUACAGCCCCUAAAACCAAUACUGAGAGCACUUCAUCUAGCAGGCAGCAAGUUUCCAAGAAGCAAGGGUGAGCAGCUUACUGAUCCAAGGCAGAACUCUUUGACAUGUGGGAGAUUUCCUCACCAAAAGGCAAUAAAAACAACUGUAGUAUUUGCACUUUGUACUUAAAAAUGUAAAUUCACUUUGUAGAAAUGAAAUAUUUAAACAGACUUUUUAUAAUCUGUGAAAAUGUAAUAGCUGAUUUUGAAAAAUUAUCACAUACAAUGUAUGUGCAUUCGUUUGUUGUCUGAAAUAUGUAAAACGUGUUGGAGAUGUAAAAGUUUGCAUUUAAACUUUUUGGUUUUUU